AUGGGUCAAGAAUUCACGCUCAUGCACGACAAUGCUCGUCCCCACACAGCGCGAGUGGUCACCAGCUGGCUGCAUAAGCACGAUGUCUUAGACUGGCCCGCGAGAUCACCAGACCUAAACCCCAUAGAACACGCGUGGGACAUGCUCCAAAGAAAAGUUUUGAGGAAUUUACCUACAAACACUUUUCUGCUCCACAAUCCAGCAGAAUUACCUAGACUAUCUCAACAAUAUUUUCGUUCACCUUUGUCUCAAGAAGUUGUUGUCGCUGUGAAAUCUAAAAUGUUGACUACUUCAGAUGGUCUCAAGUCAUAUUCACCCGACAGACGCCAAUGCUAUUUUCCAAGUGAACGCUACCUUAAAUAUUUCAAAAUUUACACCCAAUCUAAUUGCGAAAUGGAAUGUCUCACAAACUUCACUUACGCCAGAUGUGGCUGCGUACACUUCGGUAUGCCGCAUGGGAAGGAUAUGGAAGUCUGUAAUACUGGUAGUGUGGCCUGUAUUAAAGCAUCCCAAAUGGAACUGGUGGUAGCCGAUAUAGAGUAUGGUCUGAACCUUGAUAACAAUAACGAUACGCUCGGCGAGGCGCGUACGAUCGCUUCGAAUUGCAAAUGCCUCCCUGCAUGCACCUCCAUUGAGUAUGAAGCAGAGACUUCACAGGCUGAUUAUGAUUGGAAAGCCAUUUAUCAAGCGUUCCAAUAUCCUGUCCCUGAAGAAGAAAUUGAUAUGAUGUAUGCCCGCGUAAUUGUUUUCUUCAAGGAGCCACAAUUCAUCACGUCUCGUAGAUCAGAGCUGUACGAUGGCAAACACGGAAGCAAAUCCACCGCGCCGUCCACAUCAAACGAAAUCUCUAGCGUUGCACUCCCACUCAGCAUACAACCAUUCUGGCGCGAUAAACCACGAUUAUGGUUCCCCGUUUUUGAAGCUGCAGUUGAUGAGCUUUAUAAAAACGAAGCCCAAAAGGCGCAGAUGGUCAUCGCCCAGCUAAACAAGGAAGAUGUCGAGCUAAUCUGCGACCUACUUUACACACCACCGUCUGAGGGCUAUUACGCAGUCGUUAAAGAAAAACUCAUUUCUGCAUACAAGGAAUCCGACAGCAAGCAGCAACCAGAGACCGAGCCAGUUGCUUCGUCGUAUGAAAACGCUCGCUACGGGAAAAAUCCCCGAAAAAACGCUACAGUUAAUGUGGAUGAAUCAUCUACCACCACACGUACGCUUGAUGCUCGUCGUAAACGACACAUUGGCCAAAGAUACCGUACUCGACGAUAUUGCCAAACUCGCUGA